UUGUAAGAAAAAGUUGUGUUAUGAAUAUCACAGAAUAUAUGUGUAACAUUUAUAAAGAAGAAAGUCUGCUGUACGUGGACCAAGCAGGCUAGGCACCACUGUGCCAAGCUUGGGUAAUGGAUCCCGUUGGUCCAUGGUAUGCAACGUAUAAUCGUCUUACUGCAGCUAGUGCAACCAAUACAUUUCAGUCGACACCUUCAAGCACAAGUAGUGAUUUUGUAUCUCAUCACUUAGCAACAGCUGUUACUCAAGCAGUUCCAUCGACCACGUCACAACUAAUUUUACAAGCAGCGCAUACAACAGCAACUCUGGCGGGUCAACCAUCUCCGUUUAACCCAGGGGGGUUUUUGUCUCCACCCCCUGUGGGAUACGAUGUUUUCUCGCCUCUGUUUCAUCAUCCUAAUCCUAAGCAGGCACAUUAUGUUACUCAGCAUAGACAAGCUCUUGCUCAAGCACAAGCAGUAUCAGUCACAAAACAGAAUACUACAACGGAACCCGACAUCCCUAUAUUACGGGAGAACUAUAGUUCGGCGCAUCAACCGACGUUUUUUGAGCAUCAGAGUGCAACUACAUCGCCUACAUCUACAUUAGCCUGGACUCAUCAAAACAACACGCAAUUACCAAGUCCGUUUGGCAUUUUACCCCAUGAAAGUAUCGUUCCAUCGUCUCCAGGACCAUCGCCUACGACAAAACCUACUACGACUGGUGUUUAUGAAAACACGUUUAAUCCUCAUUUCUCUACCAGUCAAACUAUCAAUAACAUAAAUUCUCAGCUGCCUUCACCUGCUGUCUCUGCUUCUGAGUUCAAACCAGCCAAUUAUCCAGAUAGUAAGAAAGCUAUUAACGUUAAACCAGCAGUUUCUACAUCACAAGCGAGUAGUAAUCAAACUUUUUUUCAACAAGUACCUACGACCUUCAGUUCUGAGACAUUAUCGAACAGUUAUUCUGCCACCAAUGGAAAUCAAACUCCAAAUGGAAAGGUGCAGCAGCCUCCUCUACAGCAUAAACAAUCUACUCGAAACAAUAAUUUCACUUCUCCACCAAAUAAGAUAACAACUACAUCCCAACAAAGUAUUCAGACAAAAGCUCAGACAAAAAUAUAUCCAGAAUUAAAUACUCAUAGCGAACACAGACGAAACGAACAAACGUCACAGGAUAGUACGCAAUCGUCUCCUAUUAGUUUUUCUAUUAUGGAGUCCCGAAGUUUGAACUACACAGUUGGAAAUAAUACAAAUUGUUCAAGCACCAGUGGGAAAAUUGGUAAUCCAAGAACUCCAUCAAACAGCAACUUACAAACUCAUUCGCAACAAUCGCAGCAGCAGCAGCAGCAGCAGCAGCAACAACAACAACAACAACAACAACAACAGUUUCAUAUCAUUAAUCAACACCAACAACAACCGCAGCAGCAGCAGCAAACAUCGUAUAGACAUUAUAUAGCAGGAUCUGAUUCAGAAUAUCAUCAUUCAGGAAGAUCCAAGUCUACAGCUUCAACAGAUUCUGCUUACUCUUCCAAUAAUUCUGCUCAAAGUGGACCUGAUUGUAGUGUUGUUGUACCGCGAAGGCCAAGUCCAUUACAAGCACAUUCGCAAGCAAGUCCUUUGGGGCAUGUUCCCAGUCCUGCUUAUCCUAUGUACAAUAGUCCAAUGGCUGCGAUGUCAUCUCCUUCUCCCUUACAACAACACGCCGAAAAUAAUGGAAAUCAAUGUGCAAGUGGACCACCUUAUAAGGGUACUGUACAACAACAAGUUACACCUCCGUCGCCAUUAGAUGUUACUGUACCGCGACCUGCAUCUCAGGGACAAGUUGUUUAUUCAUCGGUUAUCACACGAGCUUUAGGUACCACUGAAACUAAAACUACUUAUAAUGCGGAUAAUAAAACUUACGAUAGACAACAACAUGAUUUUCCCCAAACACAAAAACAAAUAUGUUGGGAAAAUGAUAAUCGGAAUCCGAUAGCCAAUAGAAAGUUUUCUGUUGCUUUAUAUACUGGUGGAAAUGCUGAGGUAAAUCCUCAGAGUUUACCAGUUCAGCAACAAGUACAACGAGUAAUAAAUGUUUCGGACAGGCAACAGGCAUAUUUUGAAUCCAACCAAGUAACUCUACAAGACUUAAGCAGUUGCAGGGGUGAUCCUAUGAGUAUAGUAAAGAAUUUGCAAACUUUACAACAAAGUUCUUGUCAAGUACAACAACAAGCUGCUGCUUCUGUUACUUCAACUGAACAACAGAAACAAACGGAAGAACGUCGCAAAGUAGAUACUGUGAAUAAAAAGAGAAAGAAUGUAGAGAAGAGUGGUCAUAGUUCUUCUUUGAAUGAAGUAAGUGGAACAACAACGGUAACAGAAUAUCUGAGUAGAAUACCACCACCAGCGCAUCAUAACGCAAAUCAACAGCAACAGAAUGGCUAUUUUGAUUUUGAGAGAUGGAAUUUACCUCCGCCACCCGCUAAAAUGUUUCCCGGUACGUCGGGUGCUUUUAGUUCGCAAUCAACCUUACAUCAUUCAAGUAACUUCGUCGGUACACCGGCGCAUCAACACCAGUCUCUGAUGGUGUCUCAUCAUCAUGCUCCACCUCCGAUUCCAUAUUUUCCUGCUUUUCAUAUUCCUCCAAGCCAUCAUCAUCCACAUGAAUUUCAAUCUUCUGUUGAGAUCACGCCUAUUGGUUUUGGUGAAAAUACGAUCAAUCAAAAUGCUACGAAUUAUAAUCAAGAAAUCAGAGAUGAUCAGCCUAAAGUGAUUGUUCCUAAUAUCGAAGAAGAAUUAGGUUUUUUACAACAACAAAGUCACCAACCAGUUGAAACAAAUAAUUUAUUAAAUAAAGAUUUUAAACGACCCAAUAAAGACCCUAACUCGGGAUUUAUGACGAGCUAUUUAAAGUUCUUGCAAGGUGAAAGAGAACCUUCACCUCCACCUGCAGUUCGUGGUGGUAGAAAAGCAACUUGGAGUAGGUCGAAACCUUAUAUUCCUGUGGAACCCAGUAAAUCGGUGGACAGUUCUACAAAUGGAGAGGCAGUAAAAACACAUCCAGAAAGACCACCACCGCCUAAAGAGGCACCAGUAAUUGAUUACGCUAAUGAUCCUCGAUAUUUUCCGUUACCGAAGGAGCGGAAAAAGCAGGUUUUUGACUCGAGCGAUGAUGGUUUUACUAGCGAUGACGAUUUCCUGUUUCCACCUAAGAAAGCUGAGAAAAAAGCAACAAAUGUAAAUAUUCCUCAAAUAGCGGAAAAAACUGUGACCGUUAAAGCAGAAUGUAAAUCUAAGAAGGGAAGACCGAUUAAACCCGGAGGACCGACAGAUAGAAAGAGAAGAGCUGCCACAGUUGCAGCAACAGAGACGACGACACUUUCUACAUCUGGCAAAACUUCGAAAAAACACGAAGAAGUGGACCCGUUACUUCUACCUCCAAGACGAGAAACAUCGAGGAGGAAGGCGAAAGAAAAAACUUCGGUAAAACAAUUUCUAGAUCGGCAACAGGGUAUAGACUACUUUGAUAUUGACGAAGAACAAGGUGAUUCCGAUUCUGAUCCUGCUUGGACGCCUGCUGUGAAAUUGGUUGGGGACGAAGAAGAAAAGAAGAAGAAACGCGGCAGACCUGUUAUAUCGAAAAAAAGCAAAAAAAUCAUAGAGGAUAGCGUUUACUGUCCCGGUACUGUAGUUGUUUCAAAGAGUAAGACCAGAAAAAAACAUGAAUCGAAAUCGCACUCGAAAAUCUCCAGUGUCACUGGAAAGUUGUCUUGCAAAAUAGACGAAAAACUCAUAGCGUCUGUCAGUGAUGAAGAUAUUGAUAUUUCGCCGUUCAAGCGUUCUGUGGAGAAUUCAGAAGAUGCGUCCGGAGAAUUUGUUGUAAUGAAAACAGAUUUGGAUGAGGAAUAUCCGGCACUUUGGCGAAUAGAUGGGAAAACAUUACUACAAAAAUACGAACCAUUUAAGUCUAAUGGAAAAACUUUAUACAGAAACAUAUCCACAUAUUCGGGUUGGGCACCACAAAAUCGCCACAUAUACCAGCAGGUUCCAGUGAAGUUUUGGCAACAAGGCAAGACAGAAACUGUAGUAGAAUUCUUGAGAAAUGAAAUGAUCAUCGAUGAUAACGAAGGUAUUGAGAAAUACAUGAAAGAAACUGAAAAAUUUCAAGAUAAUUUCGAGGUGUAUAUACAAACAUUGAUCUCACAAGCUUUAGAUUCUAAUUUCCUUACAGAAAUAUUUCAAGAACAAGAUGAUUACUUUCUAUCGAACGUUAAGACUGUUGAUGAAGUAACCGAUGAGAGGAAACGUCGUCUAUUGUCAACGACAAAGUGGCGACUAAACGUUGUAAAUGCAAUAUCAACCUGGCCAUGUCUUAAUGUUCUUAAAGAUUUAUCAUCCAUAGAGUACAAAGGGAAAUCUUGUGCUGGUUGCCAACAGUCCAAAAUUCAUGCCAGAGUUUUACUAUACGGUCAGCCGUACAAUGGUACUACGUUAGAAGGUUCUCCGCCUGAUCCGAGGAUACCUCAAGAAAAAGAUUUUUUAUUAUGUCGUGUAUGCCAAGCGAAGGUAGCUUUGUACAACAAGGUAGCUCAUCAGAAAUAUUUGAUGUUUUUGGAGUGUGCAAGAAGAGUUGCGGACAAAAGAGCAGCAGACCCUAAUAAGGACACGACGAUUAUACUGAAUGAAUUAUUAGCGGAUGAGACAUGGUUAAAUCAGCUGUUUAAAGAAGUUAGGACUAUCUGGGCGGAAAUUUCCAGUUUGGAACAACAAGCUAAAUCAAGAUCAAACCCAAAAUCUACUUUCUCGUCUUCAGUGUAUAAUUCUGGAGAAACGACUGAAAAUGUUUCAACGACGCAAACUGAAACAACUGUUGAGACUUCUGAUUCACAGGUGCCUACACAGAAAACUGGAGAGAAUUCUGAUACAGUGUCUUGCGAGGUGCAAAUGAACAAUAUAACAUCUUAGUGGUGCUAUGAUAAUCAUUGGUUUUGUUUAAUAUUUGAUGUCACAAAACCGUUACGAGGUUAGUGAUAUAUUGGAUUUAUGGAUAUAAAGUUAACACCAGUUUCGAGACCAAACAAUUGAAUAUGAUGUAUUUUGGGGAUGAUAAAUGUUUAAAUCAAGUUAAUAUUACACGCUGUGACGUACGGUGAAAUUAAAUAUUAAUGUAUAAUCAAGAAACUAUGGUUACGAUGAUAAGAAAUAGUAAACAGCGAGGUAAGUAAGAAACGAUUCGUGUAUAAGCAUCAGACAUGUGUAAUAUAUUCAUCCCUGCGUAAAAAUUAGGAAAGAGCCCAAACUUUGCCAUUGUAGUAGCAUAAUGAUAGAUUUACAGAAUAUUUGUGUGAAUACAGACCUUUAGUUCUAGAAUUUGUAUCGUGAUAAUCUUAUAUAAGAUGAAGGUCUAUUGUGUUAAAAGAUCUGAUAAAAUACGAAAGACAAACGAUUAGGAUAAAACUUACAAAGUGAUAUGGCAUAUAGAACAUCGUGACCUUCUGCAACCUAUUUACGUACA